ACUACUACUGUAAAUCAUCAGAAAAAUUAAACUACUACUGUAAAUCAUCAAAAAACUAUUAAAAAAUAAAUUAUCACGACAUACUAGUUUAAAAAUUCCCUCGCCUCCUCUUCUGUAGUAGUACUUUGCACUUGCCGAUUCCAUCCCCUUCACAUUCGCGGCAUAUAAAGUGCCUCUCCUCCCUCGCCCUCUCGUAGCUUCACUCGCUGCUCGGUGGGUGCAAACACACGCGAACACAUAUCUUCUUGCCAUGUCGACCACCGCCGUUCCCUGGCCGGCGCCGGCGUGCUUGGCCGGCGUCGCGCUGCCCCUGCUUGUCAUGGCCACGGCCCUGUGGGUGCUGCUGUCACGCAAGCUCCUGCCGGCCAUGGCGUGGCCGAGAGAGCGUCCCGGCAAGGAGGCCCGGCUUCCGCCCGGCAGCUUCGGGUGGCCGCUCGUCGGCGAGACGCUGGACUUCGUGUCCUGCGCCUACUCCUCCAGCCCGGAGGCCUUCGUCGACAAGCGCCGCCUCUUGUACGGGAGCUCGGUGUUCCGGUCGCACCUGUUCGGGUCGGCGACGGUGGUGACGGCGGACGCGGAGGUGAGCCGGUUCGUGCUCCAGAGCGACGCGCGGGCGUUCGUUCCGUGGUACCCGCGGUCGCUGACGGAGCUCAUGGGCAAGUCCUCCAUCCUCCUCAUCAACGGCAGCCUGCAGCGCCGCGUCCACGGCCUCGUCGGCUCCUUCUUCAAGUCGCCGCAGCUCAAGGCGCAGGUCACCGCCGACAUGCAGCGGCGCCUCGCGCCCGCCCUCGCUGCCUGGCGCGCCCAGGGCCCCGGCGCGCUCCUCCGCAUCCAGGACCACGCUAAGACGCAGAUAGUGUUCCAAAUCCUGGUGAGGGGUCUGAUCGGGCUUGAGGCAGGGCCAGAGAUGAUUCAGCUCAAGCAGCAAUUUCAGGAAUUUAUUGUCGGCCUCAUGUCCCUUCCUAUUAAACUGCCAGGGAGUAGGCUCUACAGAUCCCUUCAGGCCAAGAAGAGGAUGGCGAGGCUGAUACAGAGGAUCAUACAGGACAAGAGGAGGAGCAUCCUUGAGGGGCGGCGCGCACCUCCGCGUGACGCCAUCGACGUGCUCAUAUGCGACGGUAGUGACGAGCUCACGGACGAGCUGAUAUCGGACAACAUGAUUGACCUGAUGAUCCCGGCGGAGGACUCUGUGCCCGUGCUCAUCACGCUUGCCAUCAAGUAUCUCAGCGAGUGCCCUCUGGCUCUGCAACAAUUAGAGGAGGAGAACAUGCAACUCAAGAGGCGAAAAACUGACAUGGGCGAGACCUUGCAAUGGACGGACUACAUGUCCUUGUCAUUCACACAACAUGUGAUAACCGAGACACUGCGGAUGGGCAACAUCAUCAGCGGUAUCAUGCGCAAGGCAGUGCGGGACGUCGAGGUGAAGGGGCACCUCAUCCCCAAAGGUUGGUGCAUGUUUGUGUACUUCCGAUCGGUCCACCUUGACGACACGCUCUAUGAUGAGCCCUACAAGUUCAAUCCAUGGAGGUGGAAGGAGAAGGACACGAGCACCAGCAGCUUCACUCCUUUUGGUGGUGGGCAGAGGCUGUGCCCAGGCCUGGAUCUGGCCAGGCUGGAAGCUUCCAUCUUUCUCCAUCACUUGGUCACCAGCUUCAGGUGGGUGGCGGAGGAGGACCACAUCGUCAACUUCCCAACCGUGCGGCUCAAGCGAGGCAUGCCCAUCCGGGUCACCAGCAAAGACUAGGGCAAAUUCCCCAAUGCAACUCAACAACCUACAUAAGUGGAGUAUACACUAUCAUAGGCUCAUAGCAAGGAUGGAGAAUCCUUCAAGGUGGCAACCUCAGAACGUACAUCUAAACAUCGAUCCCGGCAAAAGGCGUUGCGGUUCUACAUUGCUAUAUAUGCAGUGGAUACGAAGGUGUACAGGGAGAGGUAGCGUAUUAAGAUUGAUCAGACACUACUAAAUAUAAAUACUAGUAUCAGUGGAGCAGUAGUUUAUUAUACCAGCCA